AUAUAAGAAUACGGUAGUCAACGUCAUGCGGUCGCGUCUUGAAUACCACCCUCCUACUAUUUUCUAGUACCAAUUAUGGUACAGUCGAAUUUCGCUCGUUGCACUAAAUCCGUAGCCCAUCUAGUGAAAGACUUUCAGUCAUUGGGCUGAGCUGUCAAAGUUGCAAAUCGAUCAAGGAGCACACCGAUUGUUUCUUGUUGUUGGAGUUGUUACUGGAAACGCAGCAAAGUUUUGCAAUAUCGCUAUAGUUGGUUGACAAACUGCAAAACCAUUCUUUAAGAAUGAUACUGCUUAUACUAAUUUAUCUCCUACGUUUUCUGGGUUUUGUUCAUAAAUGAUUGUUUUCCAUAUUAAUAUAGAUUCGUUUAAAAGGUUCAAGAGGUCAAAAUCUACAAAGGAAUACGGAAAGUUCAGCAUAAGGCCAAAUUCAAAAUUUGUUUGGCUUAAGCCUGUGUGAUCAUUUCAAGCCAGAGAAGUGCUCAACAAUAACGUGUUCUCAAAUACUCUCAAAAACAGGCAAAGCUCUACGUUGCAUUUUUACGCCUGAUAAACUUAUACUGUUUCUCAAACAAUUUAUUCAAAUAUUGUUUUCAUAAAUGGACUAGAGAGUUUGAACAGUAUUACAGUAUUAGUAUUACCAAACUGCUAUCAUUGUGUUGAUUCGAUCGAUUUUUUUCUGUAUGGACUUCCUCACUGCGACCAGAAUCGUUGAUCUUUUGUAAGAUAUGCCCGGGUGUCUGCUGUAUCCCGCACUUCUAUUUUCAGCAAUACCGCUAUUGAGAAGUGGCAUGCUUAUUAUUAUUUUUUAUCAGUGCUUGUGUGUAAUGUGAUACUCUUUCUUCUACACGCAUACUGUUUCUGCUAUACCGAGCCUCGUUCCUCUUGCCAAAUAUCACCAAUGAUAAUUCCCUGGAGAAGUUUCGUCGUGCGUCCUUCUGGCCAGUUUUAUCGAUAAAAGGCACCAAUUUUUUUUAAGAGGAAGUCACGCAAAGGUUUUGUAGAUUUCAGCGUAAAGGAAGGGUAACUAUUGGGGAGCCUGAGAAUAAACCCAUGCUUAAAGCCCUUUUUGACAUCGAAUGGCCUGGUUCUACUAAGAUUCGGACCCACGACCAUCCGCUUGACAAAGCGGGCUCUGUAACCUUGCGGCUACCCAGCACCCUGUAGAUUCACAACUGGCUCACUGGCUUUAGAAGCAUCCUCCAAUUCAAAUACCAUCGUUGUCGUGAAAACUGCAUCAUUUUUACUGCCAAUUGAUUGCUGAUGCCACUUCUCAUAUAAGGUUUUGUAUGUCUGGCGCGCAAGUUGACCUACAAAAAUGCAAAAAAGUCUAAAAUUCGCACAAAUUAGCAGUUGAAGUUAAUGUCUAUUGUUUCUUUGCCUUUCAUAGUAACUUUCAACGCGCUGUUUACGAUUGGUUUGGGGAAUUCGAGGCACUUCGCAAUUGUUGCACCUGACCACGUUGCAUUGUCAAUGUAAGUGUGCAAAAUUUUCUCUCGUCUUACGCGUUCCAUUGUCGAAACCUUUUGAUCCACUGACUCGAAUUUGAUGAGUUUUCUCCACUAUGUAAACAAACCUUCUUCAUAACUGCGCUGUCAUUAGUUUCUCGUAAUCGCCAUUAGAGGCGCCACAGUAAAUAGAAAACUGCGAUCAAAUAAUAAGUGGAUCUAACUAAAUAUAUCACAAUGGAUCAACAGUUCUGGUCGCAGCGAAAAGGCCAUAAAGAAAAAAAAGUGAAAACUUCAACUUAAGCUAACAGCGUAGAUAUUUGAAAUCAGAUUGAAAUAGUAAAAAUAGUUCUUUCAACACACUGUUUGAAAGCUCUCUUUCUCAGAUUAUGAUCCACGAUGCAAGUGCUCCAUAGUGUUUUGGCAUAGAACUACCUCUCUCAGGAAGUUCGGUUACGGGUGUAAAAUGAAUGGUCCCUUUUUGUUCAAUAUUCAUAAGUCGGUUAGUUUUCAACGGAUUUCCUUCGUUCCUGCAGUGCAGAAAUCGAUCAGAAAAUUACACUGAUUUACAAAAGCGAAAAAAGCUGCAAAAAAGCUCAAACUAGUUGUCCUGAAAAGAUUAUAGCUUUUUAACCAUUCCUGGGAACUCUAGAGCCUCAACCUUUUUUUAUCAUUGCUGUGAAAUGUAGAGCAGAAGUGCGUCAAAAUGCCGCACGGUAAGUGUUCGCUGGGUUCGUCACUUCUACGUUGGGUUACCGGAAAACUCACUUAAGUCUUUAAAAAGGUUAUCUUUACUAGGAGCACCAAAGUUCACAGGAAUGUUUGAAAAGCUAUAAUCUUUUAUGUUUUUUCAGUUUGAGCUCUAGGGAAAAACCUGUGUUAUCCAGUGUUAUCCACGCAUCCGCCCAAAUACAGAUAACUGUAAUUUGAUUUUUCCAAAUAUUGUAAUAUUGGAAAUUGUCAAACCUUGUUGAAAUGUAGGCUUCGACCCCUGAUUGAUCACUUAAUGUUUACUUCUCCUAGCAACAUCUAGUCGACAGAAUUAUAUACCUAGUUAACCGGGAAUGCACUUUUUGGCUAUAUAAGGGCCUGCUUCUGCUCAAAGUAAUCAGUUUACUAGUGGAUGGCCACUAAAAGGAUCCUAAUUAAGAAGCAGUGCAUAGCAGAAACGGCAAUGGAGGUGUCUCAUUUCACUAUUGAAUGAUAAGAUGGACGGUCACUCCGGUAAAACUCUACCUGCCGUCUAGUUUUUAGUUUGAAAACAUUUUUUUAUUGUGUUGUCAGAAUACUUCAUUCCUUAAAUAGUUAAGCUGAUAUAAAUAAAAUGCUUUAAUAUAACAAUUAUUAUUAUUCUUAGCCUACCUGCCCCCUUUAACCUUUCUCACAUUGAAUGCUACAUGACACGAUGACUUCCUCUUGACGAGAAAAAGCUCAUCAUGUAACGUAUCAUGUAACGCGCUAUCAAAUAUGUAAAAAUAAUAUAUAAUAAAUCACAUAAAAACAAGGGGCAAAAAAAAAGUUGCACUGUGCAAUCAAGUUGUUAACUUCAUUAGGUUUUUUCACACAGUAGAAAAUUGUGUAUUCUCUGUUGUGUUAUUCAAUCAUAAUAGGAUAAAAUAAACUCUUUAAUAGCUACAACUAUUAAAAAAUUAACAUACAAUUGACUUUACUUGCGUUGGGAUCUGCGAUCUGCUAUGUUUAUAUUUUUAUAUCUGUGAAGAAGUGCUUAAAAUUAUUAAAGCCACUAAGGUACAUGACAACUCUAGGUCAUAUUUCAUAAACUGUAACUAUUCUUGACAUUACGGCAAAUGAGGAAGAAUAGUUCAUCAUUAUAUCUCAGUGUAAAAGUGGUAUUUCGAAAUCUAGAAUAUUAUCAUAUUAAUUUUCAUAGGACCCAAACAUACAGACAUAUCAUAGAACCCAAACAUAGAAAAAAUAGAUAAACUAGUUUAAAGUUUUCCAUUUUAAAAAUAAUAAUUAGUCUAACCACAUUAUUACUAGUGGACAAAACAUUUGUACUUACUAAUAAUUGAAAAAUUAUUAUCUCCUUAGUGUCAAGACCCGUCAAAUUUCAAUAACAACUAAUUAAUGUUUCUCUGUACCAGUCGUGAGUAUCCAACUGACCUAGGACUUGCCACUGCUUAUUGUAAUACAAUUAAAAACCAAACAAAUUACCCACGGGCUGGGAAGCUACCGUUCAGUUCUCGUCAGCACGCGAACAGAAUCGUGUCGUUCAAUGCGCAAUGGCUAGCUAUUGCGUGGACAAAACUCCAGCCAGUUAUGAACCGUAUAUAUUUUCGCUUUCGGACAAGUAUCGUGAACUAGCGCGAAAGGAGCUUGGUGAAGAUGACGACAUUCGACAGCAAUCGUUGACACACCUCCGAGAAUGGAUUUCUAAACAUCCUUACAUUCGGAAGUGCCGAACGGAUUCCGUGUUUUUAUUGCGAUUCUUGAGGUUCCGGAAGUUUUCUGUCCCGCAGGCUCAAGCUGCGAUCGAACGGUACCUGGCCAUGCGACAGACCUUCCCGGAGUGGUUUCAAAAGAUGGAUUCAAAUGACCGAUUGAUGCAGGAAACCAUAGACGAUGAGGUUUUUAGCAUUAUGGGUCGUGAUGAGGCAGGUCGAACUGUCGUUUGGAUACGAUUUGGACGGUUUAAUGUGGAGAAGCUAAGUCAGGUAGCUAUGUUUCGUUUUACGAUGCUAUUUCUGGAAGCGUUGAUGGACGACGAAGAGGUACAGAUCGGGGGUUACAGGGUUUGGGUCGAUUACACCGAGAGUACGAUGAAGCACUACGGUAUAUGGGGAAUAUCGGAUUUAAAACUACUGAUGGAUGCAGUCAACCGGUCAAUGCCGAUUAGAAUUCGAGAGAUUCAAGGAGCGAAGCUUCCAAAAUUUGCCAUAGCGAUCGCAAAUUUGUUGUUGAGUUUCGCCUCUUCGAAAUUGAAGAACAGAGUAACGUGCAAUCCGACAGUGCUAGAGUCGAAACAAUUCUUCGAUAAAUCAUUAUGGCCUCAGCAAUACGAUGGAGUGCUUGACUCAACCGGAAUAGCAGGUAAUUUGCGCAAACUUUUAGCAGAGAAACGUGCUGCAAUUUUAGCUUUGGAUGAUAUGGACAUUGAUAUUGAACACUAUUCGUCACUGUGGAAUCAGCCCACCACUCCUACAGGUAGUGAUAUCGAUGGAGGAAUUGCCGGUUGUUUCCGGAAACUCAAUGUGGAUUAAACUUUGGUAAUAAAAUGAUUAUUACUAUUUGCAGAUGAGUGUAUACAUUAUAUAUAUGAAAAAAAAACAAGGUACAUUUACAGUGAAUCAGUCAAUUUCCAUUCCAAAUUCCACAUCUUCAUCCCGACCUUGAUGCCAAAAGCUAGCGUACGGUGUGACAUCGAUCAUCAUCUCAUCGAGUUGAACCAAGGCAUUCCGGUUUGUCUGCAAGCGUUUCCGCAAACGCUCUGUGAUAUCUCUCGCAUCUUGAGUUCCUCCGUAUUCCAUCGGCAGCAUUGACUGGUCCAACAGUUUUAUCGCAUCCUCCAGUGUUGCGUGAAACUAUUGAAUGUUAAUCGAAUAUGAAUUAUAAGGGUCAUUUCUUUUACCUCUCUAACUCACAUGAAUCCUUCGUUUCAUCUCGGUGCUAGCAAGACUAACGAUGAGAUCACCAAUCGCGGCUCCAAUACGAGGCAGUCCGAUAAUGUGCACUUCUUGAACA